UCUUGCCUUCGGGGAGAGCCGCACGGAGUAGCGAGUGAGGAGGCCGGUCAGACCGCCCGCUCGGGGCAGCGCGUGUGCCGGCGCUGCACAAAAAUGCACUCGGAUGCCGCCGCUGUCAAUUUUCAGCUGAACUCUCAUCUAUCAACACUGGCAAAUAUUCAUAAGAUUUACCACACUCUUAAUAGGCUGAAUUUGACAGAAGACGUUGGUCAAGACGAUCACCAAACAGGAAGUCUCAGGUCGUGCAGUUCAUCAGACUGCUUUAGCAAAGUGAUGCCUCCAAGAAAAAAGAGGCGACCUGCAGCUGGAGAUGACCUAUCAGCUAAAAAAAGUAGACAUGAUGGAAUGUACAGAAAAUAUGAUUCUACUAGAAUAAAGAUGGAAGAUGACAUGUUCUCGAGCAAGAGGUGCUUAGAAUGGUUCUAUGAAUAUGCAGGAACAGAUGAUAUUGUGGGUCCUGAAGGAAUGGAGAAAUUCUGUGAGGACAUUGGGGUUGAACCAGAAAAUGUAGUUAUGCUUGUUUUAGCCUGGAAGCUGGAUGCUCAGAACAUGGGUUACUUUACAUUACAAGAAUGGUUAAAAGGAAUGACAUCCCUGCAAUGUGAUACAACAGAGAAGCUAAGAAAUUCUUUGGAUUAUUUGAGAUCCUUAUUAAAUGAGCCUACAAAUUUUAAACUUAUUUACAGAUAUGCAUUUGACUUUGCACGUGAAAAGGACCAGCGAAGUCUAGAUAUAAACACUGCCAAGUGUAUGUUAGGACUUCUCUUAGGAAAAACAUGGCCUCUCUUUCCAGUAUUUCAUCAGUUCCUAGAGCAAUCUAAAUACAAGGUCAUCAACAAGGACCAAUGGUGUAAUGUUCUGGAAUUCAGCCGAACCAUUAAUCUUGACCUCAGCAAUUAUGAUGAAGAUGGAGCAUGGCCAGUGUUGCUGGAUGAAUUCGUGGAGUGGUAUAAAGAGAAACAAAUGACAUAGGAAUUUUAACUAUGCACAGCCACUCAAGAGUCUCUGUUACUACAGUUAUGUCGACCAUUAGCCAUAAACUGCUAUUUGUAUAAAAGCGCAUGCUGCUUUUCCUGCACUGCAUCCCAUUUUUGGGGACCUUUUGGUGUUUUGCUGUUGUAAGAGGCCAGCUCUGCUUGCUGUGUAGCAUUGUUCUCUUCGAAGGCUGCUUUGCAUUUUUGUAUCUACACUACAGAUGGUGAACUUAACCAGCAUCCUCACUGUGAUUUAUGUGUAUAUUGCUGUCUAAAUUUUGUAUAUGUGUAUAAAAAAGCUUCACCUAGGAAUUACUCCAGAAAUGUAUUGUAAAAAUAAUUUUGUGGCAUAUUUUUAGUUGCAUUAAAUAACCAUGUAACUUAAUUUUUCAUUUCAAUUUGGUCUCAGACGUAACAUUUCAGAAAAAAAAGUGAUUGUUGAGACUGUUACCACGUGGAACUAUUGCCAGUUAGCAACAAGAUGCCAAUUUUUGAGAGGAUAUCCUGCAGAU